UGGAUUACUGUACACCGUGCUGUGAAGACGUGAUGGCGGAGGACAUUCAGCAGAAACUGCAGCAGUACCGCACCGCUCCGUUCGACGCCCGCUUCCCAAACCAGAACCAGACCAGGAACUGCUGGCAGAACUACCUGGAUUAUUAUCGAUGCCAUAAUGCACUGGAGGCCAAAGGGGCGGACGUGACUCCCUGUGACUGGUACAAGAGGGUGUAUAAAUCACUGUGCCCCAUUUCCUGGAUCGAGAAGUGGGACGACAGCGUGAUGACGGAACUUUUCCGGAAGAUCUGA